AUGGUCAAACUGAAAUUUCAAAUAGAGAGCUCAAGAGAAUCCUUGAGAAGACUGUUGGAAAAGCUAGAUGAUGCAUUUUGGGCUUAUAGAACAGCCUUCAAGACACCUAUUGGCAUGUCUCCAUACCAAUUGGUGUUUAGAAAUACCUGUCAUCUACCAGUGGAGCUUGAACAUAGAGCAUUUUGGGCUAUAAAGAUGUUAAACUUUGACAAUCAAGCUGCUGGAAAAAGAAGGCUACUACAACUAAAUAAGCUAGAAGAAUUCAGAACUCAAGCCUAUGACAAUGUCAAAAUCUACAAAGAGAAAGCAAAGAGAUGGCAUGAUCAAAAGCUAACAAGAAGAGAGUUUGUAGAAGGUCAAAAAGUGCUGCUAUACAAUUCAAGGCUCAAGUUCUUCCCAGGGAAGCUAAAGUCAAGAUGGUCUGGACCCUUCACAAUCCUUAAGGUUUCUCUCUAUGGGCAUGUAUAG